AUGAAGUCGAAUACACAUAAUGUAAUCGUGCAAUGUGCUUGGUGAAACGGGUUUUCCGGGAGCCUGUCAUGUCCACGUGCCAAAGGCAAUUCCGGUAGAAGGGCGGACUUUUUUAACAGCAGUUUUCUUGCUGUGUGUAGUAUUUCACCUAAUAAUAAGGGAAAACUUCAUUGUAUUAGCAUUGCAGGAAGUUCAUGGAGUUUGAUUCACUUCUCGAGGUAACCGCAGUCUGCUUUUGUGAUGGCUAGACCCAGGGCCUGGCUCAUAUCUCACCUGUUGAUGCUGCUGUUUACUCAGUCUAACGCUUUAGUCCAUACAGGUCCUCAACCCCAUACUCCUUCCACUCCUCAGUGUUCUAUCCCCUAUAGCGUUGAUGAAGACUUGACCAUUCAAUGUUCCUGGGACCCAGGGCCAGACCAGGAUCCAGGUCUUCCGACAUCCUACAGCAUUCACUGGGCCGCAGACCUAGAUACCAAAAGCUUCAGUGUGUCUGAGCGGUCCAGUGGUGUCAUUCCUCGCGAUGAUUACCCUAGUCACAGAACAUUAUGGGUGUGGGUGGUGGCUAAGAACCAGUACGGCUCUGCCCAGUCUGACAAUGCCACCUUCAGAACAGAUCUGAUCCGGGUGCCUCCCGCUCCCGUUAUCACCAUGUUCACUAGUGAUUACCUGGAGAUUACCUGGGACUCUGGCUGCAGCCUGCUUAAAUUGUCUGAAGGAGACUGUGAUGUCCGCUAUCGUUCUGAGGGCCAGCAAAAAUGGUCUGAGGUGGUGAACAACCUCCAAACGAGGUUUGAGUUCCUGUUACCGCUGCCAUUCACCAAGUAUGAGUUCCAGGUACGGUGUCGAUGUAAGGAUACCAUCUUGAGUGAGUGGAACUCAGUGCAGACAGUUGGGCCUUUAGGACAGAUGGAUGUGUGGUGUGACUGUGAAGGCCUCUCUGACCUCUCUAAAUGUGCUUUGAUGUGGAAGCUGCCAUCUCCUCCUGUAGUGCAUGGGCUGAUAUACGCGGUGACGGUUUCGUACACCAAUGGCACUGUGGAAAUUGUCAAUGUGUCCACGACAGAUGAUGGGGGCCGGUCGGGUUGUAAGGGAGAACAGUGUCAUCUCCGUUCCUCUCUUCUGGGUGUGUCAGGAGUGCAUGUGUCAGCACACACCUCGCAAGGCGCUACAGAACCCACUUCCUUAGCUCUACCGACACCAGAUGUACAAGGCCCAGAGACACACAUCAUUUGUAACAUGGAUGAAGUGAGCCUGUUGGUAUCAUGGAAUCUGUCCUCCCAACUCACCAACAACCUACUGGAGCUAGUAGUGCAGUACAAGCAGGCAGGACUUCCUCCAUCCCGGGGGUUUGGUUGGAGGAAAGUACACAACAACAGCCAGACGUCAAUCCCUUUGCCAGGUUCUUUUGAGAAUUACACUUCCUACAUUGUGUCGUUGUUUGGAGUAUUAGGAAACAGUUCUGUGUUCCUUUCAUCCACUACUGCAUAUGCACGAGAAGGAGCCCCUCCCCAGGUACCCUUCAUCAAGAUCCAUGACAUCACUGACUCUCAGGUGACCCUCUCCUGGGGUCACAUCCCCCUGAGCCAGACAAGAGGUGUCAUCCUGCACUACCUUCUGGAAGUAGGCAACCAGACAGUGGGAAAUGUGAGUGCAGAGAAGAACAGCUACGUGAUACUAGAUCUCUCCCCUGGCCGUUCCUACAAAGUGGGGAUCCGUGCUGUAACUAAAGCUGGGUCUGGACAAGCUAAAAUCAUCCACAUCACCACCAAGGACAAGCUAGACUAUGAUAUAACAAUGUACAUAUUAAUCAUACCGGUCAUAAUCCUCCUAUUGAUGGGGUUUGCUUACAAGGUGCUGGUGGGGUGUGAUAAGGUGCCUGACCCCAAAAACAGCCAACUGUUCCAACAGAUGACAAAGUCCCAGGUCAGUUUCUCCUUUAUCUGCGCUCCUUCAGAGCCAAGUCCCAAGAUCUCUCAGCUGGAGGUGGUCCAAAUUGAGCCUCAGGAUAUCAAGGCCUUCCUUGGGAAAACAUAUCAUCUGACGGAAACGGCGAAUGAGGAGGAGUGCAUAGGAACAGGGACCGAAGAAGAGAAAAAAAAUGCGGACAUGGAAAGGGGAUGGAUACAAACAAAGGGGAAGGGUACAUUUUAUGAAGAAGCUUACAGUACAAUGAUUGACACUGAUGAAGAGAAGAUUGGAGGUGACACGGCUAGUUUGUCAGAGGAGGAACUGUUUUUUCAAGACUAUGAGAAGCACUUCAUGCCUACUGCUAUGGAACUAUGACCCCUUCAUAAGAGUUGUAUAUCAAUUAUGCUACCUCUACCCCACAUAGUUGUGUGGUUGUUAAUGCAAAUUGGUAUGACUGUUGUAUAGAUAUGUUCUUACCCUGCAUUUUGUAUUAACAUGUAAAUGGGUAUGCAGACACAAAGUGAUGAUUAAUAAGGGACUGUGCUAUUUCUAUUGGUUCUGACCUUCGAAUCUUUAUCUUUGACAGAAAUACAGUUACACAACUAUGUUCAGGACAAAAUCUCAUACAUGUCUUACAUUUACAUUUAUUCAUUUAGCAGACGCUUUUAUCCAAAGCGACUUCCAAGAGAGAGCUUUACAAAGUGCAUAGGUCACUGAUAAUAACAACAAGAUAGCCCAAAAGCAUUGCGGGUAGCCAAAACAUGAAGGACACAUUGUGAACAACCAAAAAAUAAGUGACAAAGGGAAGAACCAUAAGAGCAUGUAGAUAAGCAAGUUAAAAUUAAACAACAUGAAUCUCUAAGUGCAAGUGUACCUGUAGAAAAAGCAUAUUUAUGCAUAUAAGGAUGUGUGUGGUAGGGAUGUUUUGAGAAUCAAGAGAAUAUAAAUGUGCUGUACUCAAGUAAUCUAUGAAGAGGCUUCUCUCUUUAUGAGCAGGACUGGAGCUUAAAACAAAAAAAAAGGCAUUUUAAGAUUGUACAUAGAUUGUAUUGUUUCACAGACUUCUGAGCCAUACUGCCACUGUGUCAUAGAAAAUGUUUUAUUGUCCUGUUUGUUAAAUAAAAUCUUUUUAGUUAUA